UGGCAUUCUAAUCCUGAGCUCCUUUUCAUAUCGCAAUCAGUUGAAACCCAACGGCCCUGCCAGAAACCCUGACACCGUUGGCCUCGUCAAAAGCUCGCAAGUACUGUAAAGGCGGGAGGAAGAUCGAUCUCUCUCACGCCCCUUCUGCAGUUCUGUGAGUGUGUUCGAAAAGAAACUAAGUGGAGGCAAGUUGAAGGACUAACGGAGAGCUUGUGCUACUCUUUUAGCCAAUGAGAAAGGUAGGGAGGUUCAUGGAAUGGUUAUUAGAGUUCGGUAUGACUGGGAUAAGUUUGUUCGUAGUUCUUUGCUAAAUUUCUAUACUGUUUCUGGGGAAAUUAACGAUGCACGAAGAGUAUUUGAUGAAUCUGAGAUAAAAGAUGUUGUUCUCUGGAAUGCAAUUAUCAUGGGUUAUUCUCGAGCAGGGAGGGACUUGGAUGCCUUUAUGAUUUUCAAGGACAUGAUUGGAUUGAGAGAUAUUAGACCCAAUGAAGGGACAAUAUUGGGGUUGAUCCUGGCUUGUUUGGUCUCCAAAGAAAUUAAAUUGGGGAAAGAAAUCCAUGGUCAUGUUGUAAAAGAGAUGGGCUUUACCACAUAUGUAAAACUAGGGGCUGCCUUAAUUGACUUCUACUCGAAAUGUGGACAAUUGGUUGAUGCAAGGAAAAGUAUUUGAAGGAAUGCCAGAAAAGAAUAUUGUAGUGUGGAACUCAAAGAUUAGUGGCUAUUCACUAAAGGGAUCUCCAUGCCAGGCAAUUGAUAUUUUUAGGGAGAUGCUUUUAUUGAAUGUUGGAGUUGAUAGGUUCACAAUCUCUAGUGUUCUUUCUGCUUGUGCCCAGUUGGGUGCUUUAGAGCUAGGGAAUUGGGUCCGACAAUUUGCAGAGAACAACAAAAUCUGGGAUGUCUUUGUGGGCACUUCUUUGAUUGAUAUGUAUGCCAAAUGUGGUUUCAUUUCAAUGGCAAGAGAAGUUUUUGAUCAAAUGCCCCAAAGGAGUGUUGCCACAUGGAAUGUCAUGUUUUCUGGGUAUGCAUCCCAUGGGCAAGCUCAAAAUGCAUUGGAUCUCUUCUUUGAGAUGGAGAAGUCUGGGGCUAGACCUGAUUCUGUCACCUUUCUUGCUAUCUUAAAUGCAUGUGCUCAUGUCGGCUUGGUUGAGGAUGGAAAUAGGUUCUUUAAAGUAAUGUUGGAACAUUGGAAGAUUGUUCCCAAGGUUGAGCAUUAUGGAUGCAUGGUGGAUCUCCUUGGACGUGGAGGACUACUUAGGGAAGCCAAGGAGCUAAUCAUGACGAUGCAAAUUGAACCAAACAUAAUUGUUUGGGGAGCUCUGCUCAGUGCCUGCAGCAUUCAUGGUAAUGUUGAGAUAGGUGAGUGGGCAGCUAACCAUGUCCUCAACUUGGAUCCUACAGAUGGUGGCUCCUAUGUGCUUCUAUCAAAUGUUUAUGCAGCAGCUCAGAGAUUUGAUGGGGUUAAGUCAGUGAGGAAGUUGAUGGCUGAGAGGGAAGUUUGGAAGCCACCUGGAUGUAGCAUGAUUGAGGUUGGGGGAAUAGUUCAUGAGUUUGUUGUUGCAAACAGAACACAUCCAAGGUCAGAAGAGAUAUACUCAGUGUUGAGUGAGUUAAGCAGGAGGUUGAAGAUGGCUGGUUAUGUGCCCACAUAUGCUGUCAAUGAAGAAUGUUAGUUGACUAGUUUUCAGAAAUCAAACUGCAGCUUACAUUAUUCUGAUCCUGAAGGAGAAUUUCUAGAGCAUGUUUCUGGAGAACUAGGAGACUAUACUUACAGAGGGUCAUGGUGGCAUUCAAAAAUAGGUACAUGGUGAUGGAAGUUUUGUUGGAUCCAGCCAAGGACCUUUCAAAGGAUGAUCCUAUUACUAUCAGCCAAACAAACAUUGUGAAAGCAAUUAAAGACAGCAUUCUUGUAAACUUCGGAGAGUGUGGGCUUGCUGCGUCGCUUGGAUCAUUGCAAGUUAAAUAUGUGAACCCCAUAACAAAGCUCUGCAUCAUCAGAACAUCACGAGAAGAAUACCAAAAGGUGUGGUCUGCGAUGACCAUGGUGCGGACAAUUGGCAAUUGCCCCGUUAUAUUCCACUUGUUGGACUUGAGUGGAAGUAUCAGAGCAUGCAAAAGUGCAGCCUUGAAGUUUGAUGAAGCAAAAUUUGAACAGUACAAGCUUGUAGCUGGAGAUAGACUUACACCGGAGAUUAUUCAGCACAUGCAUAACUGUCUUGAAAAGAUCAAAUUAUUGGAACACUGAGUCUAAACAAAAUUUGGUGGUCUAUUUCCAUUGUGCAUCAGGGGAUGGAUAGGAGGUUUGAAGAAGGAUAUAAAUACACGCCCUGCUUUUCUGGUAGUCACACAGCUCAGCCCUUCUUGUAACUUUGCUGGCCCCGUCAAAUUAUACAAUUUUGGUUCCAUGCUUAAGCUUAAGCUUAUGCUUAAUCUAUUUCUAACCAAGCUGGGUACAACCACUUUUGUAUCCUCUCUUUUGAACUUUUGCCUCGUUUUAUGCAUUUUAUAUGUGAGGACAGAUUUAUAGUUUCGCUUCCAAGUUAACUUAUAUCAUUGAAGGAUUUUCUUCC